AUGCCUAUCUUCUAUCGCAUCCCUCAGGCGUUCCGCCGCAGCUCCGUGGUCCGCGCCGCCUUCACGAAUUGUCUGCGCGGCAAUUUCGAGCCCAAAGCGUUCACUGGCUGCGCUGCGUUGCGCGCGAUGUCGUCCAUGUGCGCUCCCGUCUCGGAGUCGCCGGUUUACCGCGACAUGAUCGAGCGCGCGAAGACUGCCUACGGCGGCAGCAGCGAGGUCGACAGCGCCAUGUCUGAUAUGCUGUCGUCGCGCCGGCUGGUGCUGUUCAUGGAGGGGUCUCUGGACCACCCGAAGUCGCUGUGCGCGGGCAACCUAAGCAGGAUCUUCAGUGGACUGCAGGUCACCGGUCUGUACACCGUGGACCUGCUGCGCGAGCCCGAGAUUCUGGGUUUCCUCUGCACCCAUCUGGGCGAGAGCGUGCGCAACGUGCUGUUCAAGGACGGCGCGCCUGCACUGGACUACGACCAGAUCGUGGAGCUGUUCCAGAAGGGAACGCUGCUGCAGGCGCUUGAGGUGACGCCCAAACCAUCUGAGCCUGGCGUGCACAAGCGCUUCCGCGGGCUGCUCCCCAUUGCUAACUACUGA